AGACUCAUGUCAAGCAUGUACGUCAGGUCCUACAGCGGAGCCCAUGUAAAUCCUGUAGUGACUCUCAGUUUCUGUAUGCUGGGUAAAGUGUCCUGGGGAAAGCUGUUGACCUACUUACUUUCACAGGUGCUCUGGUCAUAUGUGGCAUCUGGGCUGGUUUAUCUGAUCUACUAUGGCCUGUUUUUGAUAUUCACCACCUAUCAUGGAGAGUACAUCUUGCUUGGAAGACAUUUCCUUGAUCAGGUCAUGGGAACUGGCAUGCUAAUGUUGUGCCUCCUGUGUUUGGAUGAACAGAGAAAUUCCCCAGCUCCCUCAGGGCUGAUUCCUUCUAAGGCAGUGAUUGUACUGGGGAUCUCCAAGUCAAUGUCACCAAACUGUGACUCUGUAACAAAUCCAGUUGGGCCACACCUGGUUACACUGACAGCAGGAGGGGGCACUGAAGUGUUCAUGUGUUACAACAACUGGUUCUGGAUACCCUUGCUGGCCCCGCUUACAGAAGGAGUUUUAGGAUCUUUCAUGUAGCUGAUCUUCAUCUGCUGGUAUCUGUCUGAUCCAGACUCACCCACAGACCCCUCCAUCACCUCUGUUACCACUGACAGAAAACAGCAGCCCAUUUCACAACAUCAAAAAGCAGUAGAACUAAAGAUGGAGGUGCGUCUGGAUGAUGACCGCUUUCAGCGGUACUUCUGCCUCUCCAGGACCCAGUUUGAUCUCCUGUCCCGUCCGCGUGAGGAAGACAGCAGCUCCUCCUCCUCUUCCUCCUUGUCUCCUCUCUCUCACCUCCUCCGUCGCAUCCUCCUCGGUGCCCGUUUCACCUUCUCCACCACCUCAGUGGCCUUUCGUCAGUCUUCAAGAUCACUAUGA